ACUCUGACUGCUCCUCUUUUUAAGCCGGAGAUCUUAAAGUGCGAAAAGCGAAGAAAACCAAAAAAGAGAGAGAAAGAAGAGAGUAAAGAGGUAGAGUUUGUGUUGUGUUAUAACUGCCUGAAAGAGAGAUACGAUUUCCACGCCUAUUUAUCCACUCCCGAACGAACACACACCCAGAGAGAGAGAGAGAGAGAGAGGGAUCAUCCCCCCGUCCUUUUACUUUUGUCCCCAGCGAUCUGAUUCCCUUUCUGCUCUCUGUAUCUUUCUCAUAUUUAUUUCCCUUCUCUCUCUCUCUCUCUCCCUUUCUCUGAACUGUUUGGCCAUUUUCUUUGCUUCUGUUGGAUCAUGCAAUGUGAUAUUCUUUGUAAAAUGAGGAUUUUCUGGACAAACUAGAAGCCGAAGCAGAUAUUCUAAUGGAGGAAAGCUUUUUUCUUUUUAGGUUUCCCUGCCUCACGGAGAGCUGUUCGGGGAUGGGGUAGUGAAAACCUCGCAAGUUUCUAUUCCUAAGAUGCAACCUCAGUUUUGAUGCGAUCAUCUUUUGAUUUUGUCAUGGACAUCAUGCUGAAGCAAGGGGAUUUUGAUUUGAGUUCAUUACAAAUGUAUGUUGAUUCUCUCAAAGAAGCUUUAAAGAAGACUAUGCUUAGCCAGGAGGUUAUAUUUAGGAAGCAGGUUGAGGAACUCCAUCGAUUAUAUUCGAAACAGAAGACACUAAUGGAGAAUCUUGCUUGGAGGGAGUUUGAUAGAUACAAUUUGAGGAAAGCAAGCGCCCAUUCAAAGUUGUUCCCUUUUGCAAUUUCAGCAAGAUAUGAUCCACUUGCGAAAGAAACAAUGUUUUCCUCAAUUCAAAUGGCGGGGCCUACUCUAUCUACAGGCCACAUGUUAGAAGGGCGCCAGGGCAUGCCCUAUAAUCUUUGGCAGGGGCCUCAAGAUCUUCGACUUCCAUGUGAUCAUGAUCCAGAGUUGAAGCUCUCCUUGAGCUCUGGUUAUGACAAUUGGAGAGAUGGGAGUGCUAAGAAAACUUGGCUUGAUAAAAAAGUCCAUUCCUGCGCUCGCAUCAUUAUUGACUUAGAAGAGUCAAUUGAGAGUGUAUCAAAUGAAGGUGAAAAAGAUGCACCUUCUUUCAGCUAUGCACCUCCGACACCUCAUUCUGGUGGCAAGCAUCAGCUGGGAUUUUCUGUACUCUCUGAUCCAGUCAUCUCAAGUGGGGCAAAGAAAGAUUUACAGGAUGGAACUGCAGAUAGUGGUGCUCUUCUAGAUGACCUAAAGUGCCAUCAAGGGCAGGUCUAUUUAAAUAAAGAAUUUAAAGACUGCAAUUCUAAUAUCCCUACUGGUAAUCAGUCCACCAAGAUCCAACAGCUCACUUUCUGUAAAGCACAUUUAGACCUUAACAAAGUUCAGCUUGAUGAAUCUUCUUGUUGCUCAAAUGAUAUUAUGUUGGCCCAUCCUUCAACAGCCAACUCAGCACAGGUUUUCAUUGAGCUAGUUGGCAGGGUUCAGGAGGACAAUUGUGCAUCCAUCACUUGGGGAAAAGAAAACAAACGGUGCUCAAAUGAUAUCUCUGACUUGCCUCACCAAGAUGAUGCAGUGAAUUCUUCUUUGGUAGAGUCCAACAGCAGAAGCAAUAUAACGGAAAUUCGGGCUAGAAGUUUGAAGGUUGAUGGAGUGGGUGGAAGUGAAGUUGGCCUUUUAGGCGUUGAGGCCAACUCCAGGCCCCCACCAGGCCUUUGCGAAGACCUUGGUGGCUACAGUCGUUACCCCAAGGAUGGCAGUAAUGGGUUCGUGUUGGAACUUAAAAAUGACCUUUUACAUGACCCAAAUUGUACAUCUAUAGCUACUAGCCAGAUAAACUUUGAGCAGAGCGAAGUCGAUGUUAUGCUUUCAGGUUCUGGUCAAAGUCAAAAUACAGUUCAAGAUGGACGUGGCAAUGAAUAUCAUGCUUCUUGCAAGUCCCACAUCAAUGGUGAUAACGACUCCAGCAGUGUGAAGACAAUGCAAUCUAGGAUUGAAAUGGGUAGUUCAAAUCUUGGUCCUUUUGAUCAGUUUCCCGGAACCCAUUUAGGGUGUCAAGUUGCAGAAACCUCGUCAGGCAAUCAGGACCAAGAAUUUUCUGACAGCAGUGACUUGAAACAUGAAUGCCUCGAUCACAAAGAAGAAUCAUCUGAAGCAGAUGCGUUGAUCCAUAGGGCAGCUGAAUCACUUGUCCAUUUCUCAUUGGAGAUCACAUCUGGUAAUCAUGAUUGCUCUGCCAAAGCAGGAUUAACUGAGAUGAAAAAUGAGGAGAGGGAGCAACCCCUGUGUUCUUCUGAUUCUUUUGAGUUAAUUGCUCUAAACUUAAAAGAAUGCAGUGCAGAUGAGCAUUCUGUAUCGUCAAAGCCAUUUGAAGUAAAUGACAUGGAGACAAAAGAUUCUGCUUUUAAGUUAAAAAGGGGUAGGAGAUUGAAAGAUUUUCAGAAGGACAUACUUCCUGGUCUUGCAUGCCUUUCUAGACACGAGAUUCGUGAGGAUAUAAACAUUCUGGAGGGGGUUCUAAGAUCAAGAGAGUAUCGAAAGAUCAGAGCAAGGAUGGCUAAUGGACAGAACUGGUGUGCACCCGUGAGAAACAGACGGCCAAGAAUCAAUUAUGUUCAGAGGAAAAGAUUUUAACGAAGAAUUCCUGUGGGGAAUGCCAUUCUAUGAAAAUUCUUUCUAGAAUGCGAGUAACACUAUUCGCGGACGUAUGGUUAUUAUGGCUACGAGUGGGGAGGAAGAUUUAUACUUAAUGCUACUAGUUUUUAUGCUACUCUUUCUAAUUCGAAAAUAGUUUAGUUUAUUUUA